AAGUGAAAAAAAAUAUAUAUAACAGAUUUUCUUUCUAUAUAAUUUUUCAUUUUAUUUCUUCUUGUUAAUCAACUAUCAUUCAAAAUGGCUACUACUUUAAAACCAGAAACUUUAGUUAAGAAAUCUAAAGCUGAUCAAAAGACUGCUGAAGAACGUGCUGCCGCCAAGGUUGCUAGAAAAGCUGCUAACCAAGAAAAGAGAAAGGUUAUCUUUGACAGAGCUGCUGCUUACCAAAAGGAAUACACUGAUGCUGAAAGAUCUAUCAUUCAAGCUAAAAGAGAUGCCAAAGCUGCUGGUUCAUACUAUGUUGAUGCUCAAGAAAAAUUAGCUUUCGUUGUCAGAAUUAAGGGUAUUAUGAAAAUUCCACCAAAGCCAAGAAAGGUUUUACAAUUAUUAAGAUUAACUCAAAUUAAUGCUGGUGUUUUCGUUAGAUUAACCAAAGCUACUGCUGAAUUAAUCAAAUUAGCUGAACCAUACAUUGCUUAUGGUUACCCAUCUUUAUCUACCAUUAGACAUUUAAUCUACAAGAGAGGUUACGGUAAGAUUAACAAACAAAGAAUCCCAUUAGUUGAUAAUGCUAUCAUUGAAGCUUCUUUAGGUAAAUUCAACAUUUUAUCUGUUGAAGAUUUAAUCCAUGAAAUUUACACUGUUGGUCCAAAUUUCAAACAAGUUAACAACUUUUUAUGGCCAUUCAAAUUAUCUAAUCCAAACGGUGGUUUCAGAACUAGAAAAUUCGAACAUUUCAUCCAAGGUGGUGACACCGGUAAUAGAGAAGAAUUCAUUAACGCUUUAGUUAAACAAAUGAACUAAGUUCAUUAAGUGUUAACUUUAUCGUUUUUGUCUUUGUAUUUAUUACCCUUAUUUUCAUCUUUUGAAAUUAGUUUUUUUAUAUUUCUUUUCUAAUUUUAAUAGGUCUUUUUAUCAAAGGAUUUGUUUAACUAAAAGAAUAUUUCUUGU